AUGUGCAGCAGGAAGAGAAGCAACAGCAACGAUGCUGCAACAGCAGCAAAACAAAACCAGCAACAGAAACAGAAACAGCAACAGCAGCAGCAGCAACAGCAGCAGCAGCAGCAGCAGCAACAGCAGCAGCAGCAGCAGCAGCAGCAGCAAGUGGGGACGGACCUCAUUCAUAAGAUUCUCAAUUUGUUUUUUUCUUUCGAGUUGAGAUGA